AUGACAUUUUGGUGGACCGUGCGUGGUGUUGCUGUCGUUGUCGGGGCGCUAGUCCUAUAUCCAAUGUUAUUGUUGCUUGGGAAAAUCGGCUACAGCAAUAUUCCAGCAGAUAUUUACCUGGCCGAAAAAGUUCAAGUGGGGCCUGCAAAUGCUGUUGUUCCAAGCGGGUCUGCUCUUUGCUAUUCUUCUAACCGGAUAUGCCCCAUGUACACCACAAACAGUGGCCCAAGCUCCCCUGGGGCUCCAUCCUGUAGUUGCUGGGUAGACAACUUUGGUGACUUUUGGGGGCCAGAUCAAGAAUUGGGGUCCUGCAAGUCACUGAAAAAAUCGCGUCGCCUUUUCUCGCAGCUUCGGAGAACAGGCUACAAAGGCUCAACCGGCCAUUUCGCUUUGUGGUCACAGCAUAUUCGAUUCUCACAGCAGCUCUCUUCCUUUGAUUCCAUUGGCUCCUGCCCUCCCUGCAAAACUUACUCAGCUGUCUUGCUCUCCCUGCGUUCGCCUGAAACCAUGGCCCCAUUAAUCCUACACAACGUGCCAGACGACGAGCUGUACGUAGGAGACGACGGUAUCAAGAGACCAUAUGCCAUGGUCUUUCCACAGUCCGUAUUUCACAACCAUCUGCCACCCCCCUCCGCCGCGACUGACAUGGAGGAAAACAGGCAGGAUGGCUCGCUGAGAGCGAGGAAGGCAGUCAACGAGACAGGGUCGUUUGGAAAGUCGACGCGACGGGCGAGGUCGAAAACCGCGACGCCUGCGAGAAAGGAAGAUCCAACCAUAGCCGCUGCCGAUAAGAUCUUUAGCAACUGGAUCGCGAACCAAGCCCCCAUCAGCCAGGCCCCCGCGCCAUCACAAAGCGACAGAGCUGCGCAGAACCAACGGCGUCCAAGUCUUCACCCAUCGACUUCUCAGCAGAAUCUCUCCCAAAACGACGAGAAGGUACCCCCAGAAGCCAAAUUCAUCAAGGCCAAAGAGCCAACCGAGGUCAUACUGCGAGGGUACCGCUCCGCCCAACAGCAAUAUGCCGCCAUCAACCACUACGAGCAGCUCGCAGGGAGAAUAUGCGAGGACUAUUCGCGUGACCCCCCGGUGGAGAGCAGGCGAUACAAGUCCGAACUCCGGGACCCAGCAUUCGCCCGCCGGAAGGCCCUCACCCCAGAAGAACGUGCCAAGGUUAAUAAAGCCGACAGUGGGUUGCACUGGGUGAAGGUCACCUUCGAGUCCGCCGAGGCCGCCGAAGCAGCCAUCUAUGCCUCUCCCCAGAUUAUCCUAGGUCACCAGGUCUUUGCCGAGCCAUACACCGGCCUCCCACCUCCGCGCGACGAAGCCGUUCCCGACCCAUCCAUAGCCGCCGGCUUCGGCAUCCAGCGCACCAACUCCGGCAGACGCCAGUCACAACAACAGCCCCGAGCUGGCACCGCGGCCGCCGCAGGCUUCAACCCAGCCUGGCUCAACCCCGACAGCUUCGACUCUGGGUUCUCCCACACCUCUAGUCACACAGCAGACACCGGCACAGCCGCCUCUACCGACUUUGAGACACAGCCUCUCUCUCGAACCGUCACACCGCCCAACCCAUUCGCCUUUGACAAUAUCGUCGCCGAGCAACCCCGGCAACAGGAUAAAGAUGCGGAUGAUUUCUGCCGGCUGAUCCCCGAAGUGAGGAAGGUUAAGCUCCUUCCCAUGGAACAAGCUCUCCUGCCCGCCCCGUCGGUCGCCCAGCGGGUAGCACACUACGUUCCCUUCAUCAGCUGGUUCAACGGCGCCAUGAUCGGGACUCAGGUCCCACGAACCGAGCUUGGCGAGUUUGACUGGGUGGCUGCGAGUCUGUACUGGAAGUUUUUGUGGUGGUUGGAUUUCUUGUUUGGGUUGUUUGGGGGUGAUAUCCGGAAGGCGGCAGACCAAGAUGACUAA